UUUCAAGUUGUUUCUCAACCGAGAAAGAACAGGUCUCAAAAGUUCAUCAGAUGGUCAGCAAGGAACGUGUUGAACACAAACCUGCCAUUGCUGGUCAUCAAGGUCGGGAUAUAAUUUGCAAACCAAGCAAUUCAGCCACAGAGCAGCAAGUCACAGUUGGCACAGCAAGUUCCAGUUUUGCACCUCAAUCUACGUACUAUAAAAGCUAACCUAAGCCCGAGUGCAGAGCUUCUCCGAGAGCAGCAGACUACCUGAAUAUUCUGCAAGUAAUAAAUCUUCUCUUACUUCAGUGCAGUGAAACGAGUUCUGCAUAUUUGCCACUUGACCUCUGCUUUUCCCCUGCGAUAUCACUUCUGGAGACAGUACAAGUCCACUCCAGCACACGGCUUCCCACUCAGGAGUUAUCUACAGUACUGAGACCAGCCUUGCUUCCUGUCAGGUACGAUGCCACCUAAAUGUGCUGGAAGAAAGAAGCUACCGGUUCCUCUCCCACCCGGCUACGUUUUGAAUGAUUUUCAGAAAAAGAGUUGGAAACUUGGAAAAAUUCUUGGCAGUGGCGGAUGUGGGCUGAUAUAUCUCGCUGCUCCUGCUACAGAGAGGGCUGUUUGUGAUGAUGCUGUACACGUCAUUAAAGUAGAAUACCAUGAAAAUGGCCCCUUGUUCACAGAGUUGAAGUUUUAUCAGAGGGUAGCAAAAUCUGAGCAUAUCAGGGAUUGGAUGAGGAACCACCAGCUGAGUUUCUUGGGAAUACCGACUUACUGGGGAACAGGAUUAGCUAAAUACAAAGAAAAGAGUUAUAGGUUCAUGGUGAUGGACAGACUGGGCCAAGAUUUACAGAAUGUACUUCAACAAAGUGGAAACCGAUUCAGUAAAGCAAAGGUUUUGAAGAUAAGCAUUCAGAUGCUGGAUGUUUUGGAGUUUAUUCAUGACAACGAAUACAUCCACGGUGACAUCAAGGCAGCAAACCUCCUUCUGGGCUGUACAAAUGACAAAGAGAUCUAUCUGGCCGAUUACGGUCUUGCCUUCAGAUACCAACCCAAUGGAACCCACAAGGAAUAUAAAGAAGAUCCGAGGAGGUGCCAUAACGGGACGAUUGAAUUCACCAGUAUAGACGCUCACAGAGGUGUAGCCCCAUCCAGACGAAGUGACCUGGAAAUCCUUGGCUACUGCAUGCUACAAUGGCUGUGCGGAACACUGCCCUGGGAGCACAACCUGAAAGACCCGAAUGCCGUCCAACAAGCUAAAAUCAAGUUUAUGAAUAACCUUCCAACCUCCGUGAAUGAGUGUUUGCCCCCUGGUUCUGAAUGCAGUGAAAUAACCAGCUAUUUGUCCUAUGUGAACUCUCUAAAGUACGAUGAGAGGCCAGAGUACCAGAAAAUACACAACAUCUUGUUAAACAGAGUGAGAGUCAAUAGACCGAAAGCCUUGGACCCUCUGCACUUACCCAUGCAAGAGUAUAAUAAGAAAGUGCCUGAUCUCUGCUCAUUACAAAACGUCGUCAGAACAAGCCCCAAAGAAAAAAGCCAGAAAGAAGUAGGUUUGAACGCAGCAAGAGAAACACCGUCCAAGCAAAAACCAUUACAAAUCAAGAGAGCGAGCACUACAAAUAAGGUUGAAUGUUUACCCCCGACGCGAAUCACUGAAAGGAAACCAAAGGCCACAAUGACUGUUGAGGACAGGUCGAGAGAAACUGUUCAGAAUGAACCGAGAAGGGCUGCCGAAGACAUAAGAGGCAGCGGUCAAAAGAGUCGUUGGGACAUGCUUGACGGAACAGCUGCCCAUCAUUAUAGACUUGGCCAGGGAUGGACGAAGCUAGUUGAUAGGCAUAGCAAUUCUGCAAACGUAGCACACGAUAAAAGCAAAAUCAAAUCUAGCAUCUACCGAUAUGGUGCUACUGUUCUUCUCCUAAUGAUACUAAUAGGUCUCGUGCUGCUGUUUUUGUAAGUACUGUUAAAUUUUAAACACUUUGGUCCUGUACUUCUUUUGUUCACGAAAGCUGUUCCUCCUCAAUUGCAUCUUCAGCCAAAUUUGAAAACUUCAGACUUGCUGCCAAAUUAACCUGUUGCAGGGUGAAGGAGUGAAUGCAGAUGUCGCAUUACAGUUGAAUGGGAUUUUAUGAGUAGAACGUUAAAACAAGUGGACAUUUUUAUUCGCAAAGCAAGAAUCUUCCCUCUUCAGAAUCUUUAGCAAUCAGGAUUUCUUCAGUGUCAUCUUAACCGUAAUGGGCUGAGGAGAGAGGAGAAAAUACAUAGAUUAGAAUAGCAGCGCGACCCUUCUAACACACUGCUUUAUAAAUUUAAAGAGGGUGAUGGUGGGGGAAGGAUGAUGCAUAGAGUUCAGAAUAAACUAAGUUCCUGUACUCUUUGAACAAUUGUUAUUUUACUGCUUCAAACAAAGAAACUAAUAAACCUGAAGCACACUCUCUGUA